ACAGCUGUAGUAUGUGGUAUCGAUAUUUAUUUUUUCAUCAUUAUUCCCUGUUUUUCCGAGUGCUAUUGUUAAUGAAAAUGUAAAAAAGAUUUAAUGUUAUAUUCCUUAAAACUGUGUAAAUCUUAAAAAAAAUAUAUUUAAAUUAUGGAAAGUGAAAAAAUGUUAAUGGCAGCUGGUGUAACAGUUGCAGCAGUUGUAGGGGCUUUUGUAUUUUGGGGACCUUCUGGUAAUUCACGGUUACGCCAACGUCGUGGUCAAAUAGCUGGUCUUCAUAAUUUUGGUCAGACAUGUUUUCUUAAUACGCUGCUGCAGGCGUUAGCAGCAUGUCCGCAGUUUAUUGCAUGGCUGCAAUUGUAUAACAAUGCGACCCCAGAUCGGAAAAGUUUAAUAAGUUCUUUGCUCAGUACGUUGGAGGUAAUAAACGGUACCCAUACCAGUUUAAGGGGCGAUCCGUAUUCACCGGGUGCAGUACUGCGAGCAUUAAACGCAUUGGGUUGGGUCAUACCACAGGAAGAACAUGACGCUCAUGAAUUGUUUCAUGUAAUGCUUUCGACAUUAGAGGAGGAAGCACAUCGUCCUAAACAAGUGGGUUCUUUAUCGGAUGCUUUGCCAUUGGAUAAUGGCGUUGGUGAACAACCCAAUCGACCUUCUAGUGCCAUGAUGAGUGACUUUCUGAAUGCUGAUUAUGACGAGGCCACUGGUUUAUCACGCAUGGUUCGUUCUGAGGCCCAUACCCCAGAUUCGCCUGCCUCGAUAUGUGAUCGAGACUUACAUGCCGACCAUUUGCAAUCUUCAUCACCUCCUGAAGCAAUGGAAUUAGAUGGAAUGGUUUCUCCUGUUUUGGGUGGUCGUCCCAGUCGUUCGAGAGAAGCUCUAAAUAAAAGGUCUUCAGGAUCAUGUCGUUCCCUAGAACGUUUAACUCGAGGGCCUGGAAAGGUUUCGAUUUGGUCAGAGCAAAUGCCCACACAAGUACCACAUCCUUUUCAAGGUGCUAUGGGGACACAAAUUGUUUGCAAUGGAUGUGGAUUUAAGUCCACCGUUCGCUAUGAUAAAUUUGAUAGCAUUACACUAAAUUUACCACUUCAACGUCGCAGUGGUCUUAGUUUGGGUCAUUUGUUAAGUGACUACAUUACAUCCGAAGAUGUCACAGGAGUUAAGUGUGAAUCAUGCAAUGAAACCACCACUCACACUAAAUCCUUAACGUUUGCCAAAUUACCAGCAUGUCUUUGCAUACACAUUGCACGUACGGUAUGGUUGCCCACAGGCCAAGUUUGCAAACGUCAAGAUUAUGUUCAUUUUCCCGAAAGCCUUUCAAUGGCGCCAUAUAGUUUUGUACAGCCUCAUUUAAAUAGUCAGGCUGGCACACCUUGGGGUUCUACAAUGUCAUUGUUUUCAUCUAGUCUGCCCAUGAAUAAUAUGGGUGUCGGUGGUGAGUCUUACGGUGCGGGUUUUGGUACAAUGUUUCCCCGUAAUCUCUAUCGUUUAUUGGCUGUUGUUGUACAUUCUGGCGAAGCAAAUUCUGGCCAUUUUGUUACUUAUAGAAGAGGAGCUUUGCGCAAUGCACAUCGAUGGUUCUAUACAUCUGAUACGAUAGUUCGUGAAGUUACAAUUGAUGAAGUUUUGAGCGUACCCGCUUAUUUAAUAUUCUACGAUCGUAGCCCUCAAAGGCCUUUGCGUUAAAUUCCCCUUUGUUUUCUAGGAUCUCUUUAAAGGAAAGACAAACGUGUCUGAUAAUUUUUUAAGAUAUUAUGUAUAUUAUACUACUACCUAAAAGCUUACAAGGAUCAAAUGUAUUUUGGUGUUAAAACAAGCUAACAAAAUUAAAAGCAAGAUGCGGAACACCAAAAUCUUUAACAAACAAAACCAAUAAGAAAAUGCAUUUUCAAUUUUUUUGUAUGGUGUUACAAACAAAUAAAAUACAAUUAGAAAAAGAUCUACCCGCAUAAUAAAACUACAUACUCGUUAUUAUUAAGCGUAGUGAUCCAUUAUUAUUACUAUAAAAUAUUUAUAUGUAUGUUUUUCUUUUUCGAUAUUAUUACAAUUUCUCAGCAAAAUAAAAAGUACGUUUAAAAUAUGUAUAAACCGAA